GAAGUAAGUAGACAUCAGUGUCCUCAGGGCCUGGUGUGUCCUCUGUGGUAGGGAACCCAGGAGGAGGAGGAGCAAUGGUCAUUGUGUGAAGUGAUGAGCUGUGAGCUUCUCAGAAAGCAAAGUUUAUAGUUUCUUCUGUCCCCACCUUGACAGGAUUAUGUGACCUUUGAUGAUGUUGCUGUGUACUUCUCCUGGGAGGAAUGGAGGCUCCUUGAUGAGGCCCAGAGAUACCUGUACCACGAUGUGAUGCUGGAGGUCUUUGCACUUGCUUCCUCUCUCGGUUGCUGCUGUGGAGCAGAGGACACAAAAGCACCCCUUGAACAGAGUGUUUCUGUAGGAGUGUCACAGGCCAGCACCUCGAAGGCAGCUCUGUCUUCCCAGCAGACCUACUUCUGUGAGAGCUGUGGUCCGGUCUUGAGAGACACAUUCCAGUCGGCUGAGGCCCAAGGAACACCACACAGCCAGAAAGUGUUCAGGUGUGGGGUUUGUAUGAAACAAUUUUAUUUUAGUGCAAACCUCCAAAAGUACAAGCAGCAGCACCUAGGAAAGAAACCCUUCAGAAGCAGUGUGGACAGGGCCCUGUUUGUGAAGAGCUAUAUAUUCCAUGUUUCAGAGAAGCCCUUUACCUGUGAUGAAGUUGGGAAGAACUUUCUGGUCACCUCAGAACGUCUCCAGGAGCAGACCAAUCCCACCAAGGAGGGGCCCAACAAAACUACACCAUGCUGGACAACUGUACAAAAGAGAAAAAUUCAUUUCACCUGGGGAGAAUUUAAGGCAGUCUUCCACCCCAGAGACACACGUGCUCAGGACCAGGAUGUCCACAGUGGAACACAGUGUAUUGUGCGACAUGAAUGUGGGAAAACAUUCAGAUAUCAGUCCUCAUUAGUUGUUCACCAGCGAGUUCACACAAGUGAAAGGCUUCUUGUGUGUGGCAAAUGUGGCAAAUCUUUUAAGCGAACCACAACCUUUGAUCAGCAUCGAAGAAUUCAUUGUGGGGCAAGGCAGUGUAAGUGCAGCAAAUGUGGGAAGAUCUUUAACCAAAAAUUUGUCCACAUUUAUCCCUGGAGAAGUCAUACUGCUAAAAAAUGUGACUUGUGCCGUGAAUGUGUGCAGUCUUUGAGACGUAGAUCCAUCCUUAUACAACAACGGACAGUUCACUCUGGAGAAAGGCGUUAUGAGUGCACACGGUGUGGGAAAUCUUUUAGAAGAAAAUUUUACCUCAUUCUACAUUGGAGAGUUCACACUGGAGAAAGGCCUUAUGAAUGUAGUGAGUGUGGGAAAACUUUUACCCAUAGUUCAAUACUUAUUCUACACCAGAGAGUACAUACAGGAGAAAGGCCUUUUGAGUGUAGUAAAUGUAGGAAAUCCUUUACCAGAAGUUCGAUACUUAUUCUACAUCAGAGAGUACACACAGGAAAAAGGCCUUAUGAGUGCACUGAAUGUUGGAAAUCCUUUAGCCAACAAUCUUACCUCACUCAACACCAGCUAGUUCAUAGUGGAAGAAAGUCUUAUGAGUGUAGUGAAUGUGGGAAAUCUUUUACCUCUCGCCCUGGCCUUCGUUAUCAUCUGAGAGUUCACACUGGAAAAAGGCCUUAUCGCUGUGAUGAAUGUGGGAAAUCUUUUCUAUCUGGUUCCACCCUCAGUACUCAUCAGAGAGUACACACAGGAGAAAGACCUUAUCAGUGCAGUGAAUGUGGUAAAUCUUUUACUCGAAGAAAUUAUCUUGUUACACACCAGAGAAUUCACACAGGAGAAAGACCUUUUCAGUGCAGUGAAUGUGGGAAAUCGUUUUCAUGUGGUUCCAACCUCAGUAGUCAUCAGAGAAUACACACAGGAGUAAGACCUUAUCAGUGCAGUGAAUGUGGGAAAUCUUUUACCCAACGUAAUUGCCUUCUUACACACCAGAAAAUUCACACAGGAGAAAGGCCUUAUCACUGCAGUGAAUGUGGGAAAUCUUUUCUUCGAAGAAAUUCUCUUCUUAUACACCAGAGAGUUCACACAGGAGAAAGACCUUAUCAGUGUAGUGAAUGUGGGAAAUCUUUUUUAUCUGGUUCCAACCUCAGUAAUCAUCAGAGAGUACACACAAGAGAAAGACUUUAUCAUUGUAGUGAAUGUGGGAAAUCUUUUAGCAGGAACUCAACAAUGAUUCGACACCAGAGAGUUCACACUAGAGAAAGGCCUUAUCCAUGCAGUAUAUGUGGGAAAUCUUUUAUCUGUAGUUCCAAACUUCAUCAUCAUCAGAGAGUACACACAAAACAAAGACUUUAUCAGUGUAGUGAAUGUGGGAAAUGUUUUAGUAGGAACUCGACAAUGGUUCGACACCAGAGGGUUCACACUGGAGAAAGGCCUUAUGAGCGCAAUGAAUGUGGGAAAUCUUUUAUCGGUAUUUCCAAACAACGUCAUCAUCAGAGAGUUCACACUUGUGAAAUACCUUAUGAGUGCAGUAAAUGAGGAAUGUUGUUUAGGGAUAGUUCCAAAUUUAAUCAAAACCUGAAAUGUCACACUGGAGAAAGGCCUUACGAGUGCUGUGAAUGUGGGAAAUCUUUUAUAUGUUGUUCCAAACUUUGUUAUCAUCAGAGAGUUCACACUAGAGAAAGGCCCUAGAAGUGCUGGAAACGUGCAAUUUUCUGUUCGUGUACCAAUCCUGGAGGAGCUUCUUUCAGGAGCCAUUUGUCUGAAUUGAAACUCAUACACCUAAAUAUGUACAGUGGGUACAUUCCCCAUAGUUUCAUUUGCACUCCUGACUUGCCGAUGGGUCUUCCUAGGUUUAAGUUGCUACUAGAUUUUUGUGGCUGAAGUCCUUUUAUGUUUACCAUCUGGCAGUGCCACCUACUUUGCCAAAAGGGCCAGGGCUAGUUCCACAUACUUUGUAACAGUGAACACCCUAAUGUGUUCAGGGAUGCUGACCUGUGGUCUCACAUGUAUUGUCACAAGCUAGGAAUAACCUGAGCCCUUAGAGAUCAGCUUUCCCUUAAUGACUUACUUAGAAGUGGACCUGAGUCCAUGUGUGGGCCCAGAGGAUAUCAUGACUUCCGCUUGCAGCUUGCAGAGAUAUGACUACCUGUUCUCACAUAAUACUUGUGAUGAGGUUUUCCAUCUUCUAGUUCAUGAACUUUAGAAGUACCUGCUGCACACUGCUGUGGUUUGUACAGA